AUGGCUGAAGCUGGGACGGGCUUUUUGGAACAGCUGAAGUCUUGCAUCGUCUGGUCCUGGACUUAUCUCUGGACGCUGUGGUUCUUCAUCAUGCUCUUCCUGGUCUACAUCUUAAGGGUGCCCCUGAAGAUUAAUGAUAUUUUAACCACAGAAUGCAAAGUCUGGCGAAAUCCUUUAAAUCUGUUCAGAGGAGCUGAAUAUAAUCGCUAUACAUGGGUAACAGGGAGAGAACCUUUGACUUACUACGAUAUGAAUCUUUCAGCACAGGACCAUCAGACAUUCUUUACAUGUGACACGGAUCAUUUACGGCCUGCAGACGCUAUAAUGCAAAAAGCCUGGAGAGAGAGAAACCCCCAAGCCCGAAUUUCUGCAGCACAUGAAGCUUUGGAAUUGAAUGAGUGUGCUACAGCCUAUAUUCUCUUGGCUGAAGAGGAAGCGACAACGAUUGUAGAAGCAGAGAAGCUCUUCAAGCAAGCUCUGAAAGCUGGAGAGGGUUGUUACAGGCGCAGUCAGCAAUUACAGCACCAUGGUGCCCAGUAUGAAGCCCAACACAGAAGGGACACCAAUGUUUUAGUUUAUAUUAAGAGGAGGCUGGCAAUGUGUGCAAGAAAGCUGGGAAGGACCAGGGAAGCAGUGAAAAUGAUGAGAGAUUUGAUGAAGGAGUUUCCUCUGCUCAGCAUGUUCAACAUCCAUGAAAACCUGCUAGAGGCUUUGUUGGAACUGCAGGCGUAUGCAGAUGUCCAGGCAGUCUUAGCAAAGUAUGAUGAUAUAAGCUUACCAAAAUCAGCAACAAUAUGUUACACAGCUGCAUUGCUCAAAGCCAGAGCUGUCUCUGACAAAUUUUCUCCAGAGGCUGCCUCAAGGAGAGGGCUGAGUACUGCAGAGAUGAAUGCAGUAGAAGCUAUUCACAGAGCAGUAGAAUUUAAUCCACAUGUGCCAAAAUAUCUACUAGAAAUGAAAAGCUUAAUUCUGCCCCCUGAACAUAUUCUGAAGAGAGGGGACAGUGAAGCAAUAGCAUAUGCUUUCUUUCAUCUUCAACACUGGAAAAGAGUAGAGGGAGCGUUGAAUCUCUUACACUGUACAUGGGAAGGCACUUUCAGAAUGAUCCCCUAUCCACUGGAAAAAGGACACCUUUUCUACCCUUACCCUAUUUGUACAGAAACUGCAGAUAGAGAACUACUACCAUCAUUUCAUGAAGUUUCAGUUUACCCCAAGAAAGAGCUUCCCUUCUUCAUCCUUUUCACUGCUGGACUAUGUUCUUUCACAGCCAUGCUAGCUCUCCUGACACAUCAGUUCCCAGAGCUUAUGGGGGUCUUCGCAAAAGCUUUUCUCAGCACCCUCUUUGCCCCUUUAAAUUUUGUGAUGGAAAAAGUGGAAAGCAUCCUGCCCUCCAGUCUGUGGCACCAGCUGACGAGGAUCUGAGGGAGCACGCCUGCUGACUGACUGCCAUGACAUCUUCUGUGCCAACUUUUUGUUGACCACAAGAAAGCAUGAUAAAAAAGGGAAGCAGUUCUAAGACUUAAAAACUCUUCAUGGAUUGUCUGUUCUCAUAUAAAAACUGUUUUGUUGUACAAAAUACAUUGAUGUUAGGUUCUAUUAUAUUUUGCCUUCAGAAAAGAAAAACUUAAAAAUAAACUUUUGUGUAUUG